GUAGCGGACAACGCGGAUUGCGCGACUGCGGCCUGAGCGACGUGAAUCCAAGCGUGCAAGCAAGCGGCGGUAAUGGCGGCGGCUCUGCAAGCCACGCCGCUCAAAACCCUAUCCAUCUCCCGCCGGCGCGUCGGCGGCGCGGGGGCGCGGCCGCGUCCGAUGGCGGCGAGCUUCCGAUGCUCCGCGGCGGCGAGGAGCUACAAUAUCACGCUCCUCCCCGGAGACGGCAUCGGCCCUGAGGUGGUCGCCGUCGCCAAGGACGUGCUGUCCCUCGCCGGCGCCCUCGAAGGCGUCGAGCUCCGGUUCCAGGAGAAGCUUGUGGGUGGCUCGGCCCUGGACGCCACCGGCGUGCCGCUCCCCGACGAGACACUCGACGCGGCCAAGGGUUCCGACGCCGUCCUCCUCGGCGCCAUUGGAGGCUAUAAGUGGGAUAACAAUGAGAAGCACCUCAAGCCUGAGACCGGGCUGCUGCAGCUCCGUGCCGGACUUGGGGUCUUUGCCAAUCUGCGACCAGCUGCAGUAUUGCCGCAGUUGGUAGAUGCAUCCACUCUGAAGAAAGAGGUAGCUGAAGGUGUUGACAUCAUGGUUGUCAGAGAGCUUACUGGAGGCAUCUACUUCGGCAAACCCAGGGGUUUUGGAACAAAUGACAAUGGAGAUGACAUUGGGUUCAACACAGAAGUUUAUUCAGCUUCUGAGAUUGAUCGUAUCGCACGAGUCGCAUUUGAGGUUGCUCGCAAGAGAAGAGGGAGACUAUGCUCGGUUGACAAAGCAAAUGUCUUGGAGGCAUCUAUGCUUUGGAGGAAAAGGGUGACUGCACUAGCUUCGGAAUUCCCUGAUAUUGAGCUCUCACACAUGUAUGUUGAUAAUGCUGCGAUGCAGCUUGUUAGGAAUCCUAAGCAGUUUGACACAAUUGUCACAAACAAUAUUUUUGGUGACAUAUUAUCUGAUGAAGCAUCAAUGAUUACGGGAAGUAUUGGAAUGCUCCCAUCUGCCAGUGUUGGUGAAUCGGGACCUGGUCUUUUUGAACCUAUUCAUGGCUCUGCCCCUGAUAUUGCUGGACAGGACAAGGCCAAUCCAUUGGCUACAAUUCUUAGUGCAGCGAUGCUAUUGAGAUAUGGCCUAGGAGAAGAAAAUGCUGCGAACAGAAUUGAAGCUGCAGUUACUGAAACACUGAACCAUGGGUUCCGAACUGGGGACAUAUAUUCUCCUGGAACAACAUUGGUUGGAUGCAAGCGGAUGGGGGAAGAAGUCCUGAAGACAGUGAACUCACUGAAGGAAGUGGCUGCUGUAAACUGAUGCAUGUUGGUACUUAAUUUAUAACCCUACAGGAUGAGAUGGUUGAAAGGGACUUGCAUUUUAUUAGAAGUUGAGCCUGGUGAAAGAGAGCACUGCGUCUGGUUUUGAAUCGCAACUGUAGCGGCUGAACCGACGGUCUUUUUUCAUUUCUGGUGUUUGUUGGCCUUCCUGUAACUCAAUUUUGUACAAGGAAGGAUAAGCAUAUGUAUGAUAAAAUGGGAUAGUUUAUGCCAGUUGAAUAAAAUAUGUUCUAUAACUUC